AGUGGCGUCGUGCCAAAAGGGACUGUGAGGAACUAUAGGAACUGUACGAGUUCUAACAGUUCCUAUAGUUCCUCCCUAAGUCUAACAGUUCUUACAGUUCCAUUCUAAGGAUCACGUGGGGUCCUGUGGCGUGACUCACUCGGCCAAUGGUUCUCCCGAGAGCCGUAACACUAGGAAGGUGAGUUUAGCGGGGUUGUGGAAAUAUUCUAGAGUUUACGCGUCAUGGGUCAUGAACAAUGCCCAAUCACGUGCUUACGCGGCUUCACGGCGCCUACGGCGCCGGUCAACAAAUACCCGUAUGGAUAUCACAGCCAAUGAUGUUGUGAUUGGCCAUAUCCAGAGCGUGGCAUCUGAUAGUGCCCUAUAUCGCUCUUCUACUGUGGCUGGGGUUUGGCGUUUCCUAGAGUAUACUAUUAAGCCGGGCACGCUCAAGAAGGGAUCCAACUCAAUUAAGUUUACCACUACGACUACUGAGAAAUGGAAGGGUGCUAUGUGGGAUAUUAUUCUUCUUGAGUGGGAGUGGGUUAGAUUCAGAGGUACAUAUACCACUGUCAAGUUCAGGAUUAAAUAUUUUACUUAUCUGUACAUAAACAUUACUUUCUAUUAGAAUAUAUCCGCC